UCUCUUUUAUUAUUUAUUUCAUAUUUACUAUCUGAAGCAUUGUCAAGAGAGUUAUUAAAAGCAAUAAAAACAUUAUUCUGGUUGUUAAGCAAAAGAGAAAAUGCAAUCAAUAAAAAAUUGCCUAUAUUUAUAUCUUUCAAUUUGUUAUUAAUUUAG